AUGUCAUGUGCACCACUGAUCGCGUCGACUUUUGCCCAAGGUCUGCAUUUUAAUGGAAAACAAGCUGAACAGCAUUUAUCCACUAACGCUGAACUUUUGCCCUCUUCCCAUUAUCCGAAAGUUAUCACAAAUGAUCUAGUCCCGACAGAAGAUAACAUGCAAGACCAGGAGGCACUACUGACCUGUUGGGAAUGUUCCAUGAAAUUCAAAUCCGGUCGUCCUCGAUUAACACACUUCAUUGAAUGUCAUUUCGCAUCGCUCCCAUCAGUCAUCGAUUUAUCUUCAGGUAUUCCACUGAGCCAAAACUCAUUCAUGAGCGAGCAGCUGGAGGAAAAGACGAAUUACCCAACUCACUUCAGCGAAUCCUAUAACUGCCGCCAAUGUGCAAAAGACCUCAAAUCCAACCAGCGUCUCAUAACUCAUUUAAUUUACAAGCACGCUCAUUUAUUUUUGGAAACACAAGCCAAUCCAUUAGGCAUUCUCCAGAAAGAACGAGCCAAAGCACACAAGCAAAGCAACAUUGUGAUAGAUGAAACCGCGAUCAUAGAAUCCCCACUAACUUCUUCACAUUCUCCAAAAUCAUUCAAAUUAACAUACAACUGUUCGCCAUCUAUGAGAAGCCGUUAUCGUGUUUUUAUUUUCUCUACUAUUGCGCAACCUCCAAAUCUUGUAAUUAGUCGAAACACAGCAAUGCAACGAGUAAAGAAAACUCAAAUACAUAGUACUCUUACACUGAAGUCACCAGUGGUCCAUACGAAAUUUUCGGAGGCGUUUAGAGCGACUGCUCCUUGUAUGCGUCAUCGCAACAGCAAACAUAAGGAUGCGAAACUAUCCGCUCCUGUUGACGACCAAAGAAAUGAAAUUCAACCAAAACUGAAGACUAGUAACAAUCAGACGCCCACCAAGACAGCAUCAUUCACUUGUUGUUAUUGCUCAAAAACGUUUAAAACAGAUGCUGCCCACACCACUCAUUGCAGCACUAAGCAUAGAAAUCCGAACCUCAUCAUGCCAGUGAACCAACCAGGCCCGGUUCAUAUGCAAAUAAAUCCGAUUCGAGCAGAACUAAACACCAGUGUUGGUCAGGCAUCGCCAAAUAUAGCCUCUUUCACCAGCCAUUGCAGCACUAACCAUAGAAAUCCGAAUAUCAUCAUGGGAGUGAACCAACCAGGCCCGGUUCAUAUGCAAAUGGAUCCGAUUCGAGCAGAACUGAACACCAGUGUUGGUCAGGCAUCGCCAAAUAUAGCCUCAUUCAUUUGUCGUUUUUGCUCAAAAACAUUUAAAACAGAUGCUGCCCGCGCCACCCAUUGCAGCGCUAAGCAUAGAAAUCUGAAUAUCAUCAUGGGAGUGAACCAACCAGGUCCGGUCCAUAUGCAAAUAAAUCCGAUUCGAGCAGGACUGAACACCAGUGUUGGUCAGGCAUCGCCAAAUAUAGCCUCAUUCAUUUGUCGGUUUUGCUCGAAAACGUUCAAAACAGAUGCUGCUCGUACCAGUCAUUGCAGCACUAAGCAUAGUUGA